GAAACACCGUUAUCUUCUGACUAUUUAAACUAAGGUGGAGAGUGCCUUGGCAUUGUACUGACGAUCCUAUUCAGGAGUUUUCUGAUGGGUACCUACAGUUUUCACGCCUCUUUCCUGGUCUGCCUUGUUGGCAUACACUGUACCGCCGCUAUACGAUGUUUGCGUUGUAAUGACAUCUCACAACCAAGUCAAUGUAAUUUUAUUGAAAACUGCCCUCACGGAGAAAUAUGUGUGACCCAAUCUUACCAAAUUGGAAAUGGGGCAACCUAUUUCAACAUCGGAUGCAUGUCUAAACAGAGGUGUUUUUUGACUUCUCAACAUAACCACACAUCUGUCGUCACUCGGACAGACAACAACAGAACACACAAUGUAUGUUCAGAAUGCUGUUACGGUGACCUUUGUAACGCCGCCGGGUGUGGUACAGAUGGAUUUCCAAAACAGAGGGGACCGGUAUGUUUCAAUUGUCCACAAUCACGUGAUCCUGCCGAUUGUGACGUCAUAUCAGUUUGUCAUCAGGGACAGGUCUGUCAUGUUGAAGAAAUUUACGAGUUCGGCGAUGUAUUCUACAAAACCAGCUGUGUACAGAAUACUGAUCAGCAAUGUGUUUCUCCUCCUGUAUUUAAUCCGGUGGAGAUUGGCAAGCGGUCUACUACACAGGGAAACUGCUUCUCCUGCUGUUCGGAUGACUUUUGUAACACCAAAUGCAAUGUUACUACAACGGCUGUACCAUCAACGACGCCGUUUUCAUCACUGGCGCCAAACGACAACGGUUUCCAGGGCAAGGAGUUUUUCUUGAUGUUUAUGAGGAAUUUUAUGUAUAAUUACGAUUCGAAUUUAAGUGCUAUUGUAACUUUCUUUGCACCCGAUGCUCAAAUCAAGUUGACCACAGCCUAUAAUUCAACAUCAUAUAAUGUAUCUGGCCCUACAAAACACAUCGACAUAGACGCAAACAUGACCAUGCGGGAAAAUGGGAAGUCAAGCAAAGGGAUCAUUCUGACUUCUAACACACCCGUAUCUGUCAGUGCAUCAAGUUUAACUCGAUGUUGUUUAUCGGAAGAUUACAUGACCCUGCCGAUAGAGAGCCUUGGUUCAUCUUAUAUUGUUGGAACGUCCAAACCAAGUCACGAUUUUGGAAGCUCGUUCGCUGUAGGAUCGCCGUUCGACAACACAGUUGUAAACAUCACACUGAGUUCCUCUGGUGUAUAUGGACUUGGUCAGUAUCAAAAGGAGGGGAACGAAAUGACUGUCGUACUGGACAGAUUGGAUACAUUUUACGUUCAGACACAAAACGAUGAUCUUACCGGUACACGUAUCGAGAGCGAUAAACCCGUGGCGGUGGUAUCUGGUAAUCGCUGCACAUUUGGAUUUGAAUUUUGCAACUAUGUCGUGGAGUAUCUACCUCCUGUGUCCACAUGGGGUUUCAGAUUCAUGGUUCCACCCAUCAAGAGCACUAAACGAGGUUACCAGGGUUUAGGCAGGAUCAGGAUUGUCUCGUCGGUUAAUAACACGAAUGUCAAGAUCAGAUAUCAAGACAUUUUUUCAAUCGCAACCAAAACAUAUAGAAUAUCAACAUUUUUAGAUAUAGACACAAUUCCAACAAAGGCGUACACUAUUUCUAGUGAUCAACCUGUACUCGUCCUACUGUUUCCAAUAAGACAAUCUAUCGGGAUGACUUUAGUUCCAUCCAUUAAUCAAUUCUCACACGGGCCAGUUCUCGUCUCUCCUCCUAAUGUAACCUCAAGCUUCGAUAACUACAUCGCAGUCACUAUUCGGACAAAUGACGAGGCGGGUCUACAGCUUCUCGCCGUUAACGGGACGGACUUGCCUAAUUUUGGAUCAUUGAAUUUUCCUGAUGCUGACGGUGAAAUAUAUAGCUUCAUUACGGUAUCCUGUAACAAUACCAAGACGUGUGUUGUCCAACAUACAGACAACAACGUGGCGUUUAGUGUUAUUGUAUAUGGGUUUAGAAAACCCUUCGAAAAGCGUAAAGCGUCUGAAACGUAUGCAUAUCCAGGAAAUCUUAAAUUGUAGCUGUAAUUGAUCACGAAUAAAAAUGUUGCA